AUGAGGUAUAAAGGUGUAAGUAAAAUACAGAUUCCGUGGCACCAGGUUGGUGUUAAAUUAAGUACUGCGAGUCGAGGGAGCCAUAGAAAUACCCGAGGGCGUUCGAUUUGGAUGGCAGAUAUUCUGAAGGGUUUGUUGGCUCAAGGCCUUUUGGAAGUAGAUUACAACUGCUUCAUCAUCUUGGGUUAUUCCAGCCGUGGCAGCGAGGAGCUGGAAACACUUUUUCGUGGACUCUUCUGCGCUUGGAGAUACCUUACUGCAAUGCUGGAAAUUGUAGAGCGUUCGGGCAUGAUCAAUCCACCUUUUGAUAUUGUUUAGGGCAAGACCAAUAGUCGAUGGUUGGAGAAUAACAAGGUUGUUUUGCUGAGGGUCGACCAAUUUGAAGACCUCUGCGAUUUGGGUAGAAAAAGUCGAAUUGAGAACUUUCUUGGUGCAAGGCCCAGUGGAAGUUGCCGAAGCUCCCGCUGUUGUUAG